AUGGAUCAAGAUGCCCUAGCGGAACUUCUCUCUGACACAACCGACCCAUCCCUCAUCGUCCAGUCCCAGCAAAACCGCCCCGACUCGCCCCUGCACAACUACUCUUCCGUCUCCGUGCUAAGCGCACCGCUCCACACACAGCAACAGCGUCUGCUCUCAACGCUAGAUGACCAGUCUUUCUUGAAACUGGUUAACUCGUAUGAGCUUUCACCACACGAAAAACGCUCGUUGUUGGGCCACGAAUCCGACAGCGAGCCGCAAUGGGAAAGUGAUGGCUCCCACACGCCAUCCACAAGUCGAAAAUCCAGCUCUGAACCUGAUCACAGUGCUAGUGUCCCGUCCAGUCCAGAAACGUCUACCGACAAUUCUGAUCCCAGCCCCGGAGCACCGCACAUUCCUGUCCAAAACCUCAAUUUUGGCGAUUACGGGCAGUACUUCUCUGACAAAAAGGUGCUGCAACAAGAUCGCGAUGCCCACAUCAAAAAACUUUAUCAGGAUGCCCUCAACAACGGGCAACCGUUCCCUCCUGUCUUCAAAGACUGCAUCAUCUACAUAAACGGUCGUACCGACCCAGAUCGCUUGCAAUUACACCAAAAAAUCGUUCUUUAUGGCGGCCAGUUCAUGCACUUUCUAUCUGGUAAAACCAGCGUCACACACAUCAUUGCCAGCAAUCUGACUGCGAAGAAACGAGUAGAGUUUCAAAAAUAUAAGGUCGUCACCCCAAGCUGGAUAGUCGAUUCCAUUGCAGCAACCAAGAGACUUCCCUGGCAAGACUACGCCCUGAUAACCGGCGACCAUGGUCAACGGAAGCUUGAUUUGAACAUAGCCCGUCGGUCGAACAGCGAAUCUGCGCCUCAGGUUAAAAACUCGGAAGAUUCGGUCACCACGCUGGAUUGCAAACACCCUGACUUCUUACAAAGCUUUUUCGCCAAGUCGCGACUGCACCACCUUUCUACCUGGAAGGCAGAUUUACGCGCUCUCUUCUGCCAAAAAUACAUUGAACACGGAGACGUUAAAAGCAUCUCUGAAAACGAAAAAGUGGCCAUAUUUCACGUUGAUUUUGACUGUUUUUUCGCUACCGUCUCUGCUUUGAGCGAUCCGCGCUACAAACUUUACAAGGAUCCCUUGGCAGUGGCACACGGCACUAAUAGCUCUGAAAUUGCAAGUUGUAACUAUGUGGCACGUAGCUUUGGCGUGAAAAAUGGGAUGUGGGUGCGCUCUGCUAGGAGACUUUGCCCUAAAUUGAUAUGCAUGCCCUACAAUUUUGAACAGUACGAAAUCAAUUCCAAGCUACUGUAUCAGAUUCUAGCUGGAAUGCAAUUUUUCGACAUGAUACUUCCCAUAUCCAUUGAUGAAGCCAUUUGUGUAAAAAAAGUCAGCAGCUUUCCAGAUCAUCAUGACGUCGAGCAUCAAUGCGAAAUGGUUACCAGUGCCAUUAGGCAGCAAGUUUUUGACGCAACUAAUGGUUGCACUGUAAGCAUAGGGUGUGGUCCCUCUCUUGUGAGUGCAAGGCUCGCUUUAAAAGAAGCCAAACCAAACGGUCAAUGUGUUGUAAUGAAUCUAACCGGCCAGAUUCAAGUCGAUAACUUUCAAGCCAAAUUCACGUUGAAAGAUUUGCCAGGAAUUGGUUCCUCUAUUGUGGACAAGAUCUGUAAGGAACUUUUGCCAGAUGCAUCUGUAACGCCCACGAUAGGAGACCUCAAAGCUGUGUCUUCUUUGAAAUCUCUGACGUCUAUUUUAGGGACUAAAACAGGCCGCAAGCUGCACAUGUUCUUGUCGGGCAAGGACGAUGAAGAGAAUAGUCGGAUCUUGAGAGAUCCAUUGAACUUUUUCGCCAGAAAGUCCAUAUCUGUUGAUAUCAAUUAUGCUAUCAGGUUUGAUACAAUUCAUGAGAUUGACGACUUUAUCGAUAGGGUCUGUCAGCAUCUGACGUCCAAAAUACACGAGCUUGGCCUGGUAACGCCUCAAGUCACAUUAAAAGUGAUGAGAAGGUGUGAACACGCCCCAAUUGAGCCUGCCAAAUAUCUGGGUUCCGGUGAGUGUGACACCUUUAGCAGAAGCAGCCGAUUCGGGGUGCCUACCGAUGAAAUGGGACUGAUCGCCACGGAAAUUAAAAGCUCUUUUAGGAUGCUCGCGUGUCCUUCAAAAGACCUGAGAGGCCUGGCGGUUCAAUUAAAUAAGCUGGAGAAGAAAUCAGCUCGACAUGAGCAAAGGAAAUUUGCCUUUGCAGACCAGUUGCCAACGCUUCAUAAAGAUGCCGAGGCUUCAGCGUUAAGGCCAAAUGCGUUCCACUCGCUACCUCAAACUUUAAAAGAAGACGUCAGGUCUGAGCUUAUCAAGCGACACAUACAGGUACCGCUGUCGCCAUCGCGCAACGACGCUACUUCUACUUCACCUGUCAAAGAAUACUGGGAUAAGUUUGGCAAACAAAGAGACACGUUCAAACAGGAAAUGCCUAGCUCUCUAGAUGAAGAUUUCAUGAGGAACCUACCUUCGCAAAUUCAGCGAGAAAUCAAAAGAGAUCACGCAAUUGUUAAAAAGACGCGAAGCUCUGUGAGAAAAAGAGAUGUCAAUAAGGAGGAGGCAGCAUCGAAGUCUUGGUUAAAUCACAGGUCUACCUUGACCGAAGUAGACAAGUUUCAGGCUUUAGAGCGCCCCCGCGACAUUUAUAAUUUGAUUGGAACCUGGAUUGAUCAGACGAUCAGUGUAGGUCCUCAUGCAGAUGAUCUAGAUUUAUUCGAUCGGUACUUGGAUAGAUUAGCUUCCAAAUGGAAGUCCUAUAAAGUGCUGCAAAUCGCAAGAGCCAUGUCUAGCAGAUUAGAAUAUCACGCUUCGUUCACAGCGGCCGAACCGCGAGGCCGUCAGGAAUGGGAAGAGUAUUUAUUGAGACGAAUGAUACCAAAAUUACAUUCGAGUUGUUCUGCAAGAAGCCCACAAGUGCAAUUCGAAUUGUAA